UUUGUUGCAGGAGCAGGAUGUAUACUCUGCUGUCCGGGCUCUAUAAAUACAUGUUCCAGAGGGAUGAGUACUGCAUCUUGAUCCUUGGCUUGGACAAUGCUGGUAAAACUACCUUCCUUGAACAAACUAAAACUCGAUUUAACAAGAACUACAAAGGGAUGAGUUUGUCCAAAAUCACAACCACUGUAGGUUUAAACAUUGGGACUAUUGAUGUUGGCAAAACUCGGCUAAUGUUCUGGGAUCUUGGCGGACAGGAUGAGCUACAGUCUCUCUGGGACAAGUAUUAUGCUGAAUCUCACGGAGUGAUCUACGUUAUUGACUCCACUGACGAGGAGAGGCUCUCAGAAUCUAAAAGAGCUUUUGAGAAGAUGAUUACCAGCGAAGCUCUGGAAGGGGUUCCCAUUCUGGUGCUAGCUAACAAGCAGGAUGUAGAGAAUUGCCUGUCAAUACCCGACAUCAAGACAGCAUUUAGUGACUGCAUUAACAAAAUUGGGAAGAGAGACUGCCUGACACAAGCCUGCUCCGCUCUUACUGGCAAAGGAGUGAAUGAGGGAAUCGAAUGGAUGGUGAAGUGCGUGGUGAGGAAUAUUCACCGGCCCCCAAGAAAGAAGGACAUCACGUAAGAAUUCCACGUCAGCCAAGGAACAGACAGUCUUUUUCAACACAGUUUUGUGUUCUCUUUAAAGAAGGUGGUCCACUGGAUUCCUAUUACACCUGAUUCUUUCCUAUGUUUGGAGACAAACGUUCUCUUUCUGUGUCUAAAAAACUUGAGCAAAGGAUUCCAACUGGGUGGGGGGUGGGAAUCUCUUACAUUAAGUAUUAAAUCGUUGGCCUGAGAGCAUUGGCCGAAUGGCAAUCUACACAUUGUUGCAGAUGCAAAGGACUUAAUUUUCUACUGUAUUACUUUGUGAUUCUUAAUUUGUAGUCUAACAGGCUGGAGGCCAGUGACAUGAAGGAACUCCUGAAGGAACUGUGUAGGUGAAUAUGAAAGGGGAGGGAGAGCCUGGGGAACGGCUGUCCCUUCUAACUGAGAAGACCCCUUGCUGCUCCAGCCCCAUGGCUACUAUAGGUGGUGUUACUGGCCCUGUUAUGCUGCUGUUUGUAUAAUGGGGAGAGACAGUGUUGAUUCUAACUCAAUUUUCAGUCGACUUGUUGAUUUGUAACUUUGACCUGUGGUAAACGCAGAUAUGGAAGCCAGCAACUGCACAAUGGUACACUGUUUAAAAUGAGUUUUCUCAACAGGACAUGAACUCCAGAAGCACUGCCUUGCUUUGACUGCCAACCUCUCUGUUGUGCAUUCUCUUUAAUCAUAAGAAUAAUUGGUAUCUUCUGUAACUGGAAUGAAUUGAGGCCCUCUGUGAUCUUUUUAGGCCAAAAGCUGAACCUCUAGGCAGGGAGAAAUCAGUAUGCAAUAAAGCUUCCUACUUCUUUGAACUUCUCUUGCUGAAACAACUGAUGUUUGGCGAUAGUGGUACUUAGCCCUCUAGUGUUUUGAAAUGCAAAAAAGAACAGAAAGGCAGCUCUCAAAGUCAAAUAAUGCUCACUUCAUGUGUAGCCUACCCAGCCAGCAAUUCUGCUGACGUAUCGCUAACAGUUCUCCAAAUCUCUCUCUUUACAUGUGUUUUACAGUGGUUUGGCAGCGGGUCUUGCUCUUUGCGUGUUUCAGUUACUCCUGCCGCUGGUGACCAUUCCAAGCUCUUUGCUCACUUAGCUAAGGGGAGGUUAUUCAAGCUCUAUUUGAGCAAGUUAGGCAGUAGUAUUUGUUUAAGGAUAUGUUAUUUGGCAUCUGCCAAAGAACUAUCUGCCAAUUUUUUUCCGUGCACCUCACCGCGGAUUUUUUUAAUGAGAAAACGUAAUUCAUUCCCUCGCAUUUGGGUCAAUGUGUGAGGGCAGCUGGCUAUGUCAUUAAGCACAUGAAGUCAGGGGAAAUAAUUGCGUACUGGAGAGAAGAAUCUUACUUCUCAGUAAUGCUAGGAUAGGAGAAGGCUGGGCAAACUGUCAGGUGAGGUAUCAAAUCCCUUCCAGUUGCUUGCUGCUGUUAGGCGCUAUAGCACAGUACCCGAGUUUGAAUUUGAGUGGUGCCAAUGUCAACGCCAUAUCCCAGAAGAAUUAAACUGCAGUUGAUCUAACUCGGACACCAGAGAUGUCAUUAGGCUCCUCCAGACCUCGUGGCCCAUCUCAGAUUUCUUACGCACUCUGUGAACAUGGAGGAUCCCUUGAGGAUCACUCACCUACUGUGGGAAAUGGCACUUUCUCUAGGUGCUGCAUGUGACGUAGGGCUGAGAGCUUCAAGAGUAUAAAAGUAUUCGAUACCCAGUGGCCGCUGAUUAAACAGGAAAUCUCUCUCACUUGGCCAACCCUGAAAGUCUGAGUAUUUUCAAGGUAUCUCUGUGCUCCUGGCUCUUGUUUCGGUUGGCAGGGUUGGUGCUAGCAAUUAAACUGCAGAUGUACAACAGUGGCUGGUGGACAAAAGUGCCUUGCUGAGAGACAAAACACUUCAGUCAAGUAACUUGAAAUGUCUGUUUGAUAGGACACCAGGGGUUUUCCAAGCUUUCCACAUAGUCCUUUCAGAUCUCUCCCUAUUCCCUAGGAGACCAGGGAGGAAAAACAGUUUUGAGCUCCAGGCCACAGCUGUUCUCACAAGUUUCUAGAGACAAAGACUGCUUUGUGGCACAUACCAGCUGGAGGCCUUAGAUUAAAGCACACGUUUUGACUUCAGAAUUCCAAAUUCUCAAGAGCAGAAGAGUCUUUCACCCAGAAGAUGCAUCAGCGGCAAUACAUAAGUACCAGCACACUCUGAUGUCCACUAAAAAUCUCUGAAACCAGCAGCGAAAGGUUUGGUAUCAUGCAGCGUUAGCUUCUAGAGCAAUAACAGCAGUUCCUUGAUGGGGCAUACAGAUGCAGCUGCUUGGCUCCCCAAGUCUGUUUUGGGAAAGAGCUUUGCGGUUAGGCUUUUCCACAACUAGAGAGAGAGUGCACCUACCUGAUACCAUCGAAAGAUUUCCCGAGUGCGGGAGAAGCCCAGCAGGUGAUGAGUCGAGCCAAUUGCUGAAUUGCUUUGGGGUGUCCUCCCUGCUGCAGCAAUGAAGGAAUUCAGCCAACAGGUGCAAGAUAAAAAUCUUGCUGUGCAAGCACAACCUGGACUUGGAUCUCGCUGAUCGUGCACCACGUGCGGUUGCUUUACGUGAUGCACAAAGACAGUGGCACGCCGCGAAGUCAGCUGGGGGUUUUGGUUGCAUCUGCUCUCUUAUGGUCGUAAAUGGCUACGCAAGGACACUGAUGGCUUCUUCCUUCAGUGGGUUUUUAUUGCAGCUUCAGUCUCUAUAAGCAGGUCUGUUCUGCCAACGAUGCCUCAGUACAGACCAAAACCAGAAAAGGACCAAAUUGACACAGAAAAGCAUUCUGAAAAGGGAUGGCAGUCAAUGCAUAAACUCCACUAAAAAAGAAAGAUAGUCUAAGAUGAUAUGCUGGUAGCUGAUAGCUAUUUUAUAUUUUGAUCAAUAAUUUAAUCAGUAAUUUAUCAUAUUUUAGACUUGUGCUUUAAGUCCUUACAGGAAGCACAGACUUGUAUUUAAAACGCAUUGCAAGUGACCCCCUUCAAGACCUCCAACUAAAGCGAGGACGUUUCUGAGCAGUUCAAGUGUAAUCGGUUUUUCAGAUUGUUGACACAUUUGAGAUGAACCUCCUUUGCCCGUGCCUGUUUACAGCGUUUCAUUUCUCUGAAAAGGCGCUUUAUCUUCCCAAGGUGAAACAGAUCCAUCAUCCGCCCUGAGUAACUGCUUUUUCCUUUAGCAUGCUUUAUGCUGAGAUAAAGCUAAGUGUCUAAUAAUCAUGGUAGUUAUUCUAUUUGCCUUAUUUGAGCACUGGCAGCAGAUAAACUUUCUCUCACAUGUCUGGAAUUUCCCUGCUAUGCAAACAUUUAUUAGCUGUUAGCAGUGGGAGGCAAGAGCAUUCCUUAAAAAAAAAAAA